AUAUAGGGUUUUUACACAGAUUGACCUUUCUCACACCCAAUCAAAUGUGACCUCAUUUUUCGGCUGUUGUCAGCUACUUGUCUCCGGACAUUCAGACCUCACGAGCUCUGAGAAGAUGCAGCUGUGUGUGAUCCUGUCUGGAUUUUUCCAUCUGUCCGCCGUGGUCUGGGCUGGAGCAGUCAAACAGGACACUGGUGUCCGAUCCGUCACUGUCGGGGAAAACGUGACGCUGCAAUGCUUCUAUGAAAAGAUAAUCGCGAUGCACUUAUCCUGGUACCAACAAACCCUCGGAGGAAGACCUGAGCUCCUGUCUUUCUUUUACAAAUACGAUGACCCGUCUAAAGUGGACCACUGGCUGAAGAGGAACCCUCGAUUUUCUCUGCAGAAGGAGGAAGGCUUCAAUCACUUACACAUCUCUGACGUGCAGCUCUCAGAUUCAGCCACUUAUUUCUGUGGAAGCUCGCACACCAACAUGGUGGAGUUUGGGGACGGCGUCUUUCUGAGCGUUAAAGAAAAAAGCCAGACAGAAAUCAUCGUCCAGGAGCCGACGUCGGAGAUCAUCCCAUCUGGUGGCUCCAUCAACUUCAGCUGUACGGUUCACACUGGGAACUGUGGGGAAGGACACACUGUCUGCUGGUUCAGACAUGGCUCUCAAACGGGGGUCCUCCACACCCAGAGAAAACACUGCAGACCUGUCGCUGCUCCAGGACCUCCUUCGUGGAGCUGCACCUACAGUUUGCAGAAGAAGAACCUGAACUUCUCUGAUGCUGGGACCUACUUCUGUGUUGUGGCCUCCUGUGGGAAGAUGCUGUUUGGGAGUGGAACCGAGGUGAUGGUCAGAAAUCCAGAUGGAGGCCAAGCUGCUCAGAUUUCAGUUUUAGUCCAGCUAUCUGUCAUUAGAACAGGGAUUCUUCUGCUUUUUAUCAUCAGCUGUGUGAUUUUUCUCAGAAAAAAUAAUGCAAGUCCAUAAGGUUGAAAGUAGAUUUGAGGAAGUGAAAAAAAAAGCUUUAAAGUUUUAUUGCAAAUGUCAUAUUAGCAAACUGAUACCGCUUAAUUCACUGUUAUGCAACUUGAUUCUGUUAAAAAAUGUAAUCCAAGCUCUUGUAUAGGGCAUAUGUUUAUUUCAUUUUUAGAUUUUAAAAAGAAAUAAACUAAAACUUUGUUCCUUUCUGUGGCUUUAAUUAGCAAACCUUUGUGCCAUAUACCUGAAUCGAAGAGCUUAAUAAAAUGAAAUGUUUUCCACUCUUGAAAUCAUUUUUGAUCAAAGGUUAAAAAUAAAAUCAAAUCACAAGUAAAUAUUCAGUAAGACUUUCAGACAAAAGACCAAAGCAGUGUUUUAAGAAACUGUGUGACCAAAGUAGGUGACCGCAGACCUGAUACAAACAUGCAGGAAGGUGAGUCAGCAGGUCGCUCUAUGUGAGUUGCAUUAGUUCAUCACAAUUUUCUUUUGUGUUAACAGGAAAUUUGUUCUCAGUAUUUCUACCACAAAUGUACAGAAAAAAAAAAAAACAUUCUGUUAUGCAGAAGUAGAGAGCUCGACAUCCGUUUGCAGGUUUGGUUCCUGCUCUGCCCACUUGUGUGUCAAAAUGUCCUUGGGCAAGACACUGAUCCAUACAAUGCUCUCAAUGGCAUGAGAGCUUUUUGUGUGUGAAUUUGUUAACAGUGUAAUAUGGUCAGUUGGUUGAUCCAUGCAAGAAGGUGGAAAAGCAUUACAUAAACACACAGAUUAUUUUUCUAACACCGAUAAAGUCAAUAACACUAACUACACUGGGGCAAAAAAGUAUUUCGUCAGCUUCCAAUUGUGAAAGUGCUUGCACUUAAAGAUGAGAGAGGGCUGUAAUUUUCAUCAUAAGUAUACCUUAACUGUGAGAGACAAAAAAAAAAAAAAAUCCAUAAAAUCACAUUGUCUGGUUUUUAAAAUUUUAUUAGCAAAUUAUGGUAGAAAAUAAAUACUUCAAUAAUAAAAGUUCCUCUCAAUACUUUAGCUUUUGUUGGCAAUAGCAGCAGGUAAACGUUUCUAUUGGCUUUCACAAACGGUUUUUGGUAUUUCGGUCCAUUCCUCCAAGCAGAUCUCCUCUAAAGCAGUGUUGUUUUGGGGCUGUCGCUGGGCAACACCGUCUUUCAGCUCCCUCCAAGGAUUUUCUGUGGGGUUGAGAUCUGGAGACUGGCAUGGCCAUUCCAGGACCUUGAAAUGCUUCUUACAAAACCACUUCUUCAUUACCCAGACAGUGAGUUUGGGAUCAUGCUGGAAGACCCAGCCACAAUUUCUCUUAAGUGCCCUUCGUGAUGGAAGGAGGUUCUCACUCAAAAUCUGACUAUACAUCCCCAAAGCAUCAUGUUUCCACCCCCAUGCUUUACAGUACACAUGGUGUUCUUUGAAUGGAACUCAGCAUGUAGCUUUGCUUUCUAUACAUUCGAAUAUGAUUGAUAUUUGACCCGAUCAUUUACAGCAUUUUUAAGGGAUAGCUGGACCUCACAGUGCAGUUUUGUGUCACUGUUACUUUUCAAAUGUUUUAACAUGCAGUUCGUUUAUUUAACAAUAUACAAGUGUAAAGUUAUAUAACAGAUUUUUAGGUUAGUAAAAACUAGUCUUUACUUCCUCAUCAUUGUGAUUUUUUUUUUAUUUACAGUAUUUUUAAAUGCUUUAGUGGACAAAAGGUGGUUUACAGAAAUUUUUUUUUUAAAAACUUUCCUCACAACCCUCAUCAAGGCACCUAAGAGGGGCAGCCCCAGUGACCCUCGACAGGAACAAAACCUUUGGUGGCCCUGCUAAUCCCCCUCAGGAACAGAUUGACUGGCAUGAAUCUGUAACUGCAGGAAAACCCAUCUAACUUGGCGUGGCUUGGUGUGGAUUGCAGUAGCAUAAAGCCUUCUCACUGCAGCAAAAAUUCUCCUGCUCGGUCGAGGGUGGGCAAGUCAUACUGUCAGGAACUGGAUGGUGUAGGAACCAAAAUGGGAACGGGACGGUUAUAGAAACUUGUACAUUUAUUAAAUCAGUUGCAACAUAACAAAAAAUUUCAGAGCGACACAAAAGGUUGACAAAGCAGAAAAGAUUAACUGAAAACAAGUCCCUUAUGCUGGGUUCAUACCACAUGGGGAACCAUUCGGCACCUUUGUUAACUUAUUGUGAAUUUCCUAGCAGUAAUUAAAGCCUAGAUACACAAGAAAAUCCAGUCAAUUUUUAAAAUAUAACCAAUUUUUCGCAAUAAAAUACCACUAUUGACAAAUCUGAUCAUAUUUUUGUAUCUAAAUAAACUGCAGACAUGAAAAUACAGUAUUCAGCCCUUAUUUGUGGGGGUUAGGGGCCAGUGACCUCCGCGAAUACACCAAAUCUGUGAAUACAGUCUCCAUCUCAACCACCACCCACUGUUACUGAAUGUCCAUUACCGCGUUACAGAUCCAUACUCAUCAAAAACGCUUCUGAUCAUGCUUUGUAAACAUUUAUU